UCAUUUUUUAAAAUAAACUGACACUGCUCAAAAAAUAAUAAUGCAUUCAAAUCAAUGUUGUUGUCAAUUAUUGACAUAUCCAAGGGUCUAAUAGUCCUCCCUAAAAAAAUUACAGUUUGCACUUAGUGUAUAGAGAAUUCUCAAAUGUUGUGCUUUUUUAUCAUGUGGUUCCCAAAAUUACAUUAAAGGGUCAAAAUUAUUCAAGAAAUACAUGAAAAUUUGAUAGUUAUGAUUAGGACUGAGGUUGGUCAAAAGAUUUAAUGCAAAAGAAUAUUCAUAUAUAAUAUUUUUAUAGCACUUUUUAGAAAAAAAACAUUUUUUGCACCAAUAGAUCGCUCGCACAAACUUUUUUUUAGGGUUAGUGCAGAUUUAAUUUCAUGCACGGAUUUGCAGCUCGGUUUGACCGUGCUGUGAGUUUUAUUUUGGGGGAACUUUGACCGGAUGUGUGGCCCUUUCGGAUCCAGCUUGACGCUCGUGUAGAGGCGGUGCAGGGAGACUUGAGGCCGCCAGGAAAGACUCUGCAUUUCAAGGAAUACAGCCUGAGAUAAUGCUGGAUAAUACCUGGAUCACACACAUGUUGGAGGGAGUGUCUGCAGGCUUCUCGGAGCGGGCUGUGUGUGUUUGCAGUCGGCUGAUAUCCGCUUCCUCACCCGCAGCCUCAGGACAUCGGUAGCCGACUGCCCGGCUUGCUAGCCCGCAGUGCUUCCACUAAAUCUCCGCUCCGGAUUCACGGAUCUUUUUUUUUUGUUUUUCUCUAACAGCAUCAGACGGAACCGACCCGAGCAUAUGACGCCCGGUGUGCUCCCCUCAGACUGACGGUCUGACCUGCUUAGUCCUCUGAGUCUGACCGCUAGGACCGAGCUAGCAUCCUCUGGAGUCGGAUGGACACGCUCAGCAUCCCCGCCCGGGUCGGAGCCUGCGCGGCUGCUGCUGCCGCUGCUGCACCGGAAUGCUAACUACCGUGACUCCCAGCUGCUGCACACACCAGAUGUAAUGACCGCCCCGAGCUCGCACCGUGUCCGUGGCUGGCCGUGUCUGUCUCCAGCCUCGCGGAUGACGCUCACGCAGGUACCGGCGGUUCAGAGCAAACAGCGGCGGCGCGGAUACUCAGUGGCCGGGUAGAGCUGCUGCUGCUCGGGUAGAGCUGCUGCUGCUGCCGCUGCUGCUGCUGGAGGUUAGGGAGGCUAACAGCACAUUCAAACCAAAAUAAAUAAAAAAACAAAUGCCAACACAAAUGGUAUCCCAUAAGGUUUUAGUCGCAAUAAUCUUAUUGAACGUGUACAUAGGUGUACAGUCGGUUUUCUACUUAUUCGGCGGGGUCCUUCUCACCGUCCUGUUUGCUAUGGCGUUUUUAAAUGGACCCCGGCUGCUGGACUGGGCGAACUCACCUCCACACCUGCAGUUCAACAAGUACGUCCUGACGGGAUACCGGCCCAUCUCCUCCGUGCAGGACUGCAUCAGGAGCCUGUUUUACCUGCACAAUGAGCUGGGGAACAUUUACACUCACGGCAUCCCUUUGGUUUGCUUCCUGGUGCUGCUGCCUCUCAACAUUCCCUGGUCUCAGAUCAGCGUCACGUGGUUGGGCGUGGUGCACUUCCUGGCUUGCCUGUCGCCCCAGCUGGGAUCCGUGCUCUAUCACCUCUUCAUGAACCACGAGGGAGGGGAGCCGGUCUACCACACCCUCCUCAAACUCGACGUGUGUGGAAUCUGCAUGAUCAACACAUUGGGGGCGCUGCCCAUUGUCUACAGCACGUUGCUGUGCUACCCGUUCAUCCGCACUGUGGCCCUGUUAGUCUACAUCCUGCUGUCCAGCCACGCCAUCUACUGUGCCGUCACGGCUCGGAGCAGCGUUCGCCGGCUGCGCUCCUUCGCCUGGCAGGCGCUGUUCCGCUUCUCCUUCUUCUUGCUGCGCUGGGUGGGCGUAGGCGGCGGCAGCCCCACCUCGCUACGCCACUUUCUUAUGAUGGACGCACUGGCCGUGCUGGGCGGGGUCAUCAACAUCGCACGCAUCCCGGAGCGCUUCCGCCCGGGCCUCUUUGACUACUGGUGCAACAGCCACCAGAUCAUGCAUGUACUGGUGGUGGGCUCCAUCCUUUACCUGCACUGGGGUGUGCUAGACGACUUGCUGUGGAUCAACAGCUACAACUGUCCCUCAGACUGACACCCCCUGCAGCCCCCGCCCCCUCACAAGGAACACUGGGAUUGUAAGGUUAAAGGACCUCUGGGGGGGAGCGGGUGGUCGGGAGAGGGAAGGGGUACGAGGGGAAAUCAGGGGGGAACUGAUGCUGUGAGGUGAGACGAAAUGUUGUCCGUGCACGUGUUCACCUCAUGCGCUCAAACUCAGAAUGUCCAUAUCUUCGUCCAUCUUGGUACUUUGUGCAAACUGCAGGCAAAAGUAUGUCAAGUAACACGCACAAGCAUUUUGACUCUCACUUGCCAUGAACAUGGACGCACAGGUGAAUACACACACACACACACACACACACACACACAUGCAGCAGAAUAGAAAUAUUUUAAAUUUAACGACUGAACAUUGAACACUAUAAAGUCUUAAGUAAAGGCGUAAGUAAAGGGAAGCUGCUGAGUCUGAAGCCUUUACUUAAUAACAGGUUUACUUGAGCAUCAGUUGAUGUGGUUGAUGAAGACAGUCUGAGACUCGAUGAUAUCACACGCUCAAGUCCUCUCAGAUGUCACCGUUGCUACCUAUGCAGCACAUAUCUCAGCUCAUCCACAUCCCAUGUGCAACACACACUCAGACAUGCUCACACUUAUAUUUUUAUACUGCAUGUACAUGCACACUCGUAGAGUUCUCACCACGUCCAGCUGACUGACCUUUAGUAGACUGGUUGUUCUGUCCACGUUCUGCCUCUUUGUUUCGUGUUUGAUUUGUCCUUAAGGUCACAAGGUGAUGAGGAAAUGAAGACGGGUGCGGGGGUUCAUUCCUGAGAGCGUGUUGGCAGUGAGCUUCCUCUGGCUUUAGGUGGCUUCAGUGUUAUCGGCUUUGUUUGCACCCUGAGCUCAGUGCCAACGAAAUUCAGGCAUUUUUAAUCAGACAGCAAAGUGCACUCGUUUACAGUUUGUGUUGUCCGGUGGCAUGACCGUUUGCCAAACCUUUGCUUACAGGAGUCCGUAAGCAAAGUGCUAUUUAUUUAUUUAUUUAUUCUUGUUUAUUUAUGACAGCCUCCCGCUGUAAGGAAGAUGCUUUCUCUUUAUGGAAGGCGAGGAACUUUUUAAGUUAUCUUUAAACGUUUAUGCACGUUUGUUCUGUAGGAAAGCCGAGCAGGCACUCUUAUGAGAUGACAAUGCAAGUUUUACACUGAAAUGCCACCAUGUGUACAUUAGAUUUUAAUGUAGCGGCAAGAUGCACUGAAAUUUAAGUUGCCACUUUCCAACUGCCAACCUUUAUGAACAUGAUUAUUAGAUAUCUUUACACCAUAACUCUGAUUAAACAAACUCCAGAUGAAGCGUAUUAACACAAUAUGCACAAAGUACUGUAAUGAAAUACAUAUUGUUUAUUCUGCUUUU